ACAACUACCAUAAACCAGCUUGGGAACAAACACUUGACUCUUGUUAAGGACCUGAUUUAACUGGUAAGUCACAAAAGUACCAGGGUGUGCCAGAGACCAGCCUGCUGGCUGUGUGCAUUUGGCAAGCCAGGAAGUCAGCAGGUUUUACACCAGGAACUGGAAAGCAACAGGUGAAUCAGGAGUCAAUUCAGCCCACGACAGUCAAGAUGGCUUUCCUGAACUUGCUCAUCACCUGUCAGCCCCUCCUGGCUCUACCCGAAGAGACGUCCCGGGAGGAUGAGAACAACAGGUACCCUGGCAUUCCAGAAACUGAUGUAAGUGGGCGUUUCUCAAAACUCUCAACAGCACUGAUGACCUGUGGGCUACAGCCUGAGCCUCACUGGAGGGAAAGGCCCACCUCUCUUACCUGUGGUGGGAUGCAAAGCCCGGCAGCGCCAGGCCCGCACGUCUAAGCUUUAAAAGGAAUCAACAGUGGCCAUGAAGUGUCAAGCAAGGCAUGUAUGAUUAAGUCCCUCCUCCCAGCCGUCUAACCAAGGGGUAGGAACCAGACGCAUGAAACAGCUGAGGCCAUGCCUGAGGCAGGCACAAGAGAGAAAAGCUCCAAUGGUGAUAAGCACCCCCACCCAGAACUUGUUCCAGGAGGUUCCUGCCAGAGCUGCAGUUAAUCAUUCACCCAAACCACAGGAAGGAAGGAAUGCCUUUCCAAGUAAGCUCCAAGAGGUCACAUAGACAAGAGCGAAGAUCCAGCUGCACAUAGGCCAGGUGGACAGGUGGCCUGGGGCAGAGACAGUCUCUUCUCUCACCCUAACCCAAGUUUGACUUCUCUCAAGGACAACUUACAGUGCAUCCUGAGCAUCUCUACAACGCCAUCACAAAAGGGCAGAGAACACUGCUGAAGGGAAUGAGGGAGGGAGUGGCAGUUGCUAGGCAACCAGUCUAGCCCACCUUUGUUUGCUCUGGUGGCAGCAGCAAAGGUGUAGUCAGAGCUACUUGGCGAUGCUCUGGGCUGCCAGUCAUUUCUCUGAAUUGCUGAACAGCUGUGGUCACCUGGCAGCCUCUUCCACCCACGAACCCCAAAGUGUGAGGCCUGAAGGACAAUCCUGACUUGGCUUUGCCCUCAUAAGACACAAACUAUUAGCAGAAGAACCAGAUUUACUCGGGGCCAAAUGGUAACCCUAAAGACCAUCCAGAAUGAUGACUUCUGGAACAAUCCCUGGGAUGUGGGGGGCCUGAUAGUGAUUGGCUUAUUCACCUCCACAUUCCUGUUCUUCAUCAUAUUUGCCAUUGUGUUUGGAUUUGUGGAAAAGACUCUCUGCAGAGAGGACUGACCUGACUUCCUGGAGCCUAGAGGGCAGCAGGGAAAGCCGGGCUGACCUGCCCACCCCAUAUCUGCAGGAGCUCUGUGGUCCCUCUGGCUCAAGGAAGAAUCUUUGUGAACCACUGGAUCUGGCUUAGGGGCUGGUCAAAUAGAAAGAUGGGAAGGCUGGUCUGAUGGCAUUUCUGGCUCUCCACCCCACUACCAGUUGACCCGCUAACAGUGUACGCGCGUGGAGACUCCGCUCUACCUCAAGUGAGAGCAGCAACGGCUAACUUUUUAUAAGGGUCUCUGCCCAGGCAGCAAUUUUGCAAGUCCUCAACAGAGAAGGACACAAAACAUCAGAUGAAGUAAAAAUUCCUUUCCAAAUCCUC